UGUGUCGUCACAUCCUCCACCAGAUCAGAGGCAGAAAAAGCACAGCGGCCUCAGCCCUGAUGAUGUGUCUGUCACAGAGGGGCCAGCUCACCCUGGACAUACACUUGAGGAGAUGGUGAGAUGCCGGAAACCUGUAAUCAACCCUCCACUCUCCAGAUGUAACCUGCGCAAAGUGAAACUUAAUGUCCGCAGAACACGAGCAGCAAGUGUUGUUAGCUCGGCCAGGGAGGAUCCAUCAGACCCCUCAGAACCAGCAAACCCCAUCAAUAGCUCUUCCAGCAGACGGGCACGCUUCAGGUUGCAGUUCCCUCAGCUGGCUCUCAGACGGAGGUUGGGGCAGCUGACCUGCAUGUCUAGGUCAGCCCUGAAACUGCGUUCCUGGCCUCUCACAAUCCUUUAUUACCUCUUACCAUUUGCUGCACUUAGGCCCUUGGCCAGAGUGGGAUGGAGGCCUUCCAGCAGGGUUGCCAUCUACAAGUCUGUGCCAACCAGGCUGCUUUCACGGGCUUGGGGACGCUUAAAUCAGGUGGAGCUACCAACAUGGCUGAGGAAACCUGUGUACAGUCUGUAUAUCUGGACUUUUGGUGUGAAUAUGAAGGAGGCUGCAGUAGAAGAUCUGCACCAGUACAGAAACCUCAGCGAGUUCUUCCGCAGGAAACUGAAGCCACAGGCACGGCCGGUGUGCGACUCUCAUUGCGUGAUCAGCCCAUCUGAUGGAAAGAUCUUGCACUUUGGCCGUGUGAAAAACUGUGAGGUGGAGCAGGUUAAAGGAGUAACCUAUUCCCUAGAAUCCUUCCUAGGACCGCAGACGUGGACUGACAGUGUGCCAUUCAGUAAGACUUCAUUCCAGGAUCAGCUGGUAACACAGAAAGGAAAUGAACUAUAUCACUGUGUCAUUUACCUGGCUCCUGGGGACUAUCACUGCUUUCACUCACCGACAGAUUGGAAUGUGUAUCACAGACGGCACUUUCCAGGGUCGCUCAUGUCUGUGAAUCCAGGAGUCGCUCGAUGGAUAAAAGAAUUGUUCUGUUAUAAUGAGCGAGUUGUACUCACAGGGGGCUGGAAACAUGGAUUUUUCUCACUCACUGCAGUUGGAGCCACCAAUGUUGGAUCUAUACGUAUAUAUUUUGAUAGGGAUUUACAGACGAACAGUCCUCGUUACAGCAAAGGUUCUCACAAUGAUGUAAGCUAUGUAACUAAUAAUAAUCAGGAUGGUAUUGUAAUGCGAAAAGGAGAGCAGCUGGGAGAAUUUAACCUUGGUUCCACCAUAGUCCUAAUAUUUGAGGCACCGAAGGAUUUCAACUUCAAACUUAAGGCUGGACAGAAAAUACACUUUGGCGAGGCUGUGGGCUCACUUUAGGCAGGUUGGAAGUCUUUCCUGGCACAAGAUUGACCUAGAGGCUGUUCCUACGUGCUGGUAUCUGGGAGACUCAGAUCCAUGUCUCUAUGCAAGCUGAGCCAUGCACACAUGCAGGACAGGGGGUCAUACCAUCCAGAUCUAAACCAUCCGCUGUGGCUAUUGCCGCACACAAUUCCUUCCUACAUUCACUACGCACUUUUGUUUCCACUCCCUUCACUUUUCUAUGAGGUGUGGCUGGAUGCCUUAGAACUGAAGGAGAGAUCAAAAGGUGUCAAUGGAUAUGUAUAUAUGUUUUAAUAUCAGCUGGGCUAUUUAUUUUUGGUGGCAGCAAGCAUUGUUUUAUAAUAAUGGGCUGUUAAAUGAAAGAGGGGCACUGCCAACCUCAGGGAAGUGCUACGCCCAUGGCAGCUGUAGCUCCCUGGUAAGAUAAUGGCAUCAGGCAACCAUGUGAGAAAAUGCCCAUUGCCAUUCCUGUUAGAUAGGUAAUGAAGAGUGUUGGCGUAUGACCAGGGCAUUUCUACCUGCCCCAAGGAGCUGUAGCUCAUUACUUUUAUAUUUAUAAAAUGGGAUGAUCUUACUAACAAAUUAACUCAUUUAAUAGCAUACAUUUUGAAAUAAAACAAAUGCAAACA